CUCAAAACAGCGGCGUAUAGCCGCAGUUCUCUUGCCAAAUUAUGACAAAUUUUCCAGACUUGCUCCGUAAAUGUGAGCAUAACACUGGAUACCUUCAGUGUGCAUUCAGUCCGCUAUCUGGUCAAAGUUUACCACCGGGAGAGUUAGGACUUUCUUCCGUCCAUUUGAACCACUUUGCUAGCGUUUGUAGCAGGGUGUCAAGUUAGCCAAAACAGCAACAGUGACAGUGACAGUAACUUCAGCUGGAUUAAUAUUCACAACCAGUGAUCAUAUAUAGAGGACAAUGCCACGCUUGCAGUCUGGUGUGUGGAAGCAUUUCACCCCAGCCAUCAAAGAUGGGAGGGAAACCUUCAUGUGCAACUACUGUUCAAAGACAUACACAAAGAACGCUACUAAGAUGCAGAUGCACUUGGACAAAUGCAAGGAGUACUCUGUGGUGUCGCAGCAGUCACCGGGCCCAGAUGGGAGCUCCUCUGCCUCCAUCCCUGUUCCCUCCUUCUCGUUCUUACCAUCUGCCACUCCUGGGGGACAGUUCCUCAUUGAUUCAGUGGAUCAGCGCAGCCAGGCAUACGCUGACGAGUGUCUGGCGAGAGCUGUCUAUGCCACUUCCUCACCCCACACUCUCACAGACAAUAUUUAUUGGAAACGAUUUUUCAGCGUGCUCCGGCCAGCUUACUGUCCACCCACCAGAGAGGCUUUGUCCUCUCAUCUGUUGGACUGUGAGUAUGACAGAGUACAAAACCAGGUUCAUGAGGCAAUAGGGAAAGCAGACUGCGUCACAGUCAUCUGCAGCGGGUGGUCAAACAUAAAAGGAAAUGGAACUAUCAUUUAUAUUGUUGCAACUCCUGUACCACUGUUCUAUAAAUGCACAAAAACAAAGGAGCAGACACAUGGAAGCACCUUCAUUGCAGAGGAACUGAAAGAUAUCAUAAAUGAAGUGGGGCCUCAUAAGGUCUUUGCUGUCAUCACUGAUGAUGCCCCAGAAAUGAUGGCAGCUUGGGCUCAAGUAGAGGAAGCCUUCCCGCACAUAUCAGCUAUCGGCUGCACAGCGUGUGGCAUCCAGCAGCUCUUUGAUGGCAUGGUGGCACAGCCAUCUAUUAGGGCUCUGUGCAGGAGAGCUGAGCAGGUGGUGAGGUACAUUAGAGAUCAAAAAAUACUAACAGAGACCUUUAGAUGCCGGCAGGCUACAAAGAUAAGAAACCACACUUCUAAUGGGACAACACUGGCACUGCCUACUAGCUCUGACUGGACUGGUGUGCUUAAUAUGUUCAGCAGCCUCCUGGAGGGUCAGAACUCUCUGCAAGAGAUGGCCGUCUCACCCACACUGAAUGUCGAAGCAUCCAUCAGGGCCACUUUACAGGAUUCUGCAUUUUGGAAAGGGCUGAGCAGCAGUCAAAACUUGCUCUACUUGAUUGGGAACUCUAUUGAUUACAUGAAAAGAGAAGAUGCUGUACUCUCUGGUGUUGUUGACGUGCUCAGUCAGUUACGAUACCACAUUGGGGCCUCCCUGUCUGGGUCUGUGCUGCACAGUGCUGAACAGAAAGCUGUCAUGGCAUCAUUAGACAGGUGUCAGGAGUUCUGUGUAAAGUCUAUCCACGCAGCAGCGUACAUGCUGGAUCCAAAGCAUGUGGGACGGCACACACUCUCCGUGGAGCAGAUAAAUAGUGCUUACGAUGUAAUAUCCAACCUGUCACACCAUCUGAAUCUCGAUGAGGGUAAAGUGCUUGGCAGCUUUGCCCGGUUCUCAGCCAAACAGGGACUGUGGAAAGGGGCCGGUAUAUGGAGCUCAUGCCAGCAUGUGUCUGCAUCCACCUGGUGGAAGGGGCUGUGUUCCUCUGAGCCGCUGUCCGCCGUGGCCUCUGCUGUACUCCAGAUCCCUCCAACAACAGGUGCUUGCGAGCGUCUACGGUCACGCUUCUGCAGUACAAAGGUGCAAGGUUCUCUUUCAGCUGACAGGGCACAGAAACUGGUGGCAGUACAGGUGAACCUCAGCCUUUUGGAGCCAAGUGACUGUGAGAGUGAGGAAGAAAAAAAAGUUUUAUUUCAAUCUGAGACUCAGUGGCAAGACAAAAUGAGGUAUCGGGAGGACAUGUAGGGCAGACCACUUGGAUUGUGAUUCUCAUACGUUGAGAAGGAAAUUUUAAAAAUUGCCUGACAAGAUACAAAACACACAGCUUGUUUAUUAAUUGAAUGAUUAAAAUUAUUAAAUGUAAUUUUUCCAUGAAAUGUAUAAAGCUAGUCCGAACUUCCUCAGCUGUGAUUGCACUGUGCUCACAUUCCUCUGUCACAGUCUUUCAUGUGUUUUAAUCCUAUACAAUGCAUACUCAUGUAGUCAUUUUUUUCUUACAGUUUCAUCUAGUAUUUAUCAACUUAAUAAUCACAACAUGAAAUAUUAACAGACUAACAGGAAGGUGAAUCGUCUUUGUCAGGCCGUUUACAUGGUGUAAAUAAAAGC